UGUCUCAGCGCGUGCCCGGGCGCGCCCCCGCGGCGGGGGUCGCGGGGCAGCGGCGGCGAGCGCAGCCCCCGCGCCUCUCUCCUCCGCGCUCCCGCGGCCGCCCCCUUCCCCGCUCCAUCUGCAAGGACGUGGCUGUUAUAUGAAGACCCUGUGUGGACAGUAAUGACCGCACGUUUCCGAUUGCCUGCUGGCAGAACCUACAAUGUACGAGCAUCUGAGCUGGCACGAGACAGGCAGCAUACGGAGGUGGUCUGCAACAUUCUUCUCCUGGAUAACACUGUACAAGCUUUCAGAGUUAAUAAACACGAUCAGGGACAAGUUCUGUUGGAUAUAGUCUUCAAACAUCUCGAUUUGACAGAGAGAGAUUACUUUGGUUUACAGUUGGCGGAUGAAUCCACUGAUAACCCUAGGUGGUUGGAUCCAAACAAACCUAUCAGGAAACAAUUAAAAAGAGGAUCUCCUCACAGUUUGAACUUGAGAGUUAAGUUUUUCGUAAGCGACCCAAACAAGCUCCAAGAAGAAUAUACAAGGUACCAGUAUUUUUUACAAAUUAAACAGGACAUUCUUACUGGAAGAUUGCCCUGUCCAUAUAAUACUGCUGCUCUUCUGGCUUCCUAUGCUGUUCAAUCUGAGCUGGGAGACUACAACCAUUCAGAAAACUUGCCAGGCUACCUCUCAGACUAUUCUUUCAUCCCUGGCCAGCCUCAAGACUUUGAAAAAGAGAUAGCAAAGUUACAUCAGCAGCACAUAGGGUUGUCUCCUGCAGAAGCGGAGUUCAAUUAUCUCAAUACAGCACGUACCUUAGAACUUUAUGGAGUUGAAUUGCACUAUGCAAGGGAUCAGAGUAACAAUGAAAUAAUGAUUGGAGUGAUGUCAGGUGGAAUACUGAUCUUUAAGAACAGAGUACGAAUUAACACCUUCCCGUGGUUGAAGAUUGUAAAAAUUUCUUUUAAGUGCAAACAGUUUUUUGUUCAACUUAGGAAAGAAUUGCAUGAAUCUAGAGAAACAUUACUGGGAUUCAAUAUGGUGAAUUACCGAGCAUGUAAGAAUUUGUGGAAAGCCUGUGUUGAACAUCACACGUUCUUCCGUUUGGACAGACCACUCCCCCCUCAGAAGAACUUUUUUGCACAUUAUUUCACUUUGGGUUCAAAGUUCCGGUACUGCGGGAGAACAGAGGUCCAGUCUGUGCAGUAUGGCAAAGAAAGAGCAAACAAAGACAGGGUAUUUGCAAGGUCCCCCAGUAAACCCUUGGCACGGAAAUUGAUGAGUGGGAUGGACUGGGAAGUAGUGAGUAGGAACUCGCUGUCUGACGAUAGGUUAGAAACCCAGAGCCUACCAUCACGGUCUCCACCUGGAACCCCAAAUCAUCGUAACUCUGCCUUCACUCAAGAAGGAGCUCGGUUACGACCCUCCUCGGUUGGACAUUUAGUGGACCACGUAGUUCACACUUCACCAAGUGAAGUAUUUGUGAACCACAGAUCUCCAUCUUCCACCCAGGCUAACAGCAUAAUACUGGAAUCAUCACCAUCUCAAGAAACUCCUAUAGAUGGGCAGCCUCCUGCAUUACCACCCAAACAAUUUAAAAAGAACAGUUGGAACCAAAUUCAUCAUUCACACUCACAGCAAGAACUGGAUAACCACAUCAAUGAAACGUUUGAUGUUCCUGCAUCACCUGAGAAGUCCACACCCAAUGGUGGUGUUCCCCAUGACAAUCUUGUUAUGAUCAGAAUGAAACCAGAUGAAAAUGGAAGGUUUGGCUUCAAUGUAAAGGGUGGAUAUGAUCAGAAGAUGCCAGUAAUAGUGUCCAGGGUAGCUCCAGGAACACCCGCUGAUCUUUGUGUCCCUCGUUUGAAUGAAGGAGACCAAGUUGUACUGAUCAAUGGCAGGGAUAUAGCAGAACAUACCCAUGAUCAAGUUGUUAUGUUUAUUAAAGCUAGCUGUGAGAGACACUCAGGGGAACUUGUGCUCCUAGUUCGACCCAAUGCUGUCUAUGAUGUUGUGGAAGAGAAGCUGGAGAGUGAGCCUGACUUCCAAUACAUCCCUGAGAAAUCUCCUCUUGAUGGUGUCCAUCAAGAUGAUAAUGCUCUGAGGGAAUCCAUGAUUCAGCUAGCAGAGGGGCUUAUCACUGGAACUGUUUUAGCUCAAUUUGAUCAAUUGUAUAGGAAAAAGCCUGGAAUGACAAUGUCUUGUGCCAGAUUACCUCAAAACAUUUCCAAAAAUAGAUACAGAGACAUUUCGCCUUAUGAUGCUACACGGGUUAUUUUAAAAAGUAAUGAAGAUUACAUCAAUGCAAAUUAUAUAAAUAUGGAAAUCCCUUCUUCCACAAUAAUAAACCAGUACAUUGCUUGUCAAGGUCCAUUGCCGAACACUUGUCCUGAUUUUUGGCAGAUGACUUGGGAACAAGGCUCAUCUAUGGUUGUAAUGUUAACAACUCAAGUUGAACGAGGCAGAGUGAAAUGCCAUCAGUACUGGCCAGAGCCAUCGGGAAGCUCAUCAUAUGGGAAUUUCCAGAUUACCUGCCAUUCAGAAGAAGGAAAUCCUGCUUAUGUCUUUCGAGAAAUGACCUUGACUAAUCUGGAGAAAGAGGAAAGCCGCCAACUGACCCAAAUCCAGUAUAUAGCAUGGCCUGAUCAUGGGGUUCCUGAUGAUUCCAGCGAUUUCCUAGAUUUUGUGUGUCUUGUGCGAAAGAAGAGGGCUGGCAGAGAAGAACCUGUUGUUGUUCACUGCAGUGCUGGGAUUGGACGGACAGGAGUUCUUAUCACCAUGGAGACGGCAAUGUGUCUCAUUGAGUGCAAUCAGCCUGUUUAUCCAUUAGACAUUGUACGAACCAUGAGAGAUCAAAGAGCCAUGAUGAUCCAAACACCUAGUCAAUACAGAUUUGUAUGUGAAGCUAUUCUGAAGGUGUAUGAAGAAGGAUUUAUUAAACCUUUACAAGCAUCACCACAUAAAUAAAGAGCAAAAAAAACUAGGAUAUAAAUGGAGGAACCCUGUCCUCUAAGUAAUGAACUGGCAGCAUUCUUUGUGCCAUUAUACUGCUUGCAGGAAAUGCUAGUGAAGUACAGCAAAGAAUUGACAAAGGACUUUGAAAACUUCAGCACUGUUGCACUUUACAUUGAAACAAAAUCAGUCUCUGAAACUCUUCUAAUCUUCAUCUGUUUGAAGACUUUUUUUUCGUGCUUUGCUCCGAACAAACCAUAAACUGAAAGAACUAAUUGUGUUCAGGGUAAUCUACGAGAUUUCGUUGUAGUGCCAUAUACUGCGCUUCUGGUUGAAUUGCUACAAACAAGGCUUGGAAUUAUUUCACUCUGUUUUACACCCAUGUCUCUUAAAAAUGAAAAACAAAUGAAAAAAUACACUAAGCCAUGGUCUUUCUCCAGUGCUAGGUUUAUUUACUAUGUACAGACUCUCACUGUUUUGUUUUUUACAACAUUAGCAAUAUUGCCGAUACUAGAUAGAUACACACUGCCUACUGAUGCAGCACACUUUGUCCUACUCCCUUAUUAGAGACCAGCUGGUUGUUAGAGGAGAGCUGGCAUCCGUGUUAACCCAGCAGUAGCUGCAUAAUGCCCACUUACCAGCAUCUUGUUUUAAAAAAAAAAGGAAAAAAAAAAAAGAAAAAAAGGAAAAAAAAAAAGAAAAAAGAAAACAACAAUAAUAAAAACUUAAAAAAAAAAAAUAAACAGCAUUUCUUUGACACAGCUUGUGUGUCAUACACUGAUGUAUUCUGAUUCAUGUGACUUAAGAUUACGUGAUGGGAGCUAGUGCAUGCAUUAUGUCUUAACCCCUUAAGUGCCUUGAGACUUACAGCGUACAUCCAGUGAAAGGCACUCAUGAUUCUGUGGGGGUGGUCUUGUCCUGUUGUAUUUAUCUUAAUGGGUUCAGAUUUUAAAAACGGCCCUUGGUGCUUGGAGUAUGUUACUGCAAGGGGUCAUGGAAAUACCAUUCCCUCUUUCCUUAUACAAUUACCUGCGUGCUACGCUCAGUAGCAAAAGCACCUCUGCCAACUUAAUGAAUGAGCGUUGUUUGCUGCUGUGUUGUAAUUAUGUGAAAAAUCUGACACAUUCCUUUAUUCCUUACACCUAGUAACUUACUAGCAGCUUACUAUGAAAUGCUAGUAGGUCAUUAGAAGCUGAUACUUUGUUUUAUCCUUUUAUUGAGAAUAGCUGUCUUACUCGAUUAGAACAUAACUCUUUAAUAGCACUGAUAAUUAAGUUGAACUUACAAUCAGAUGUGAUUUAAUUCCAUUAUUUGCUAACCAAGUAUUUUUUAAAUCCUCAUAGUUGAUUUCAAGCCAUUUUCAUACAGGUCUGCCUUUUAUUUUUCUAAUUGUUUGGGGAGGGUGGGAAGGGAGGCAAACACUAUAAUGCUGUCCCACAACUCUUUUAAUUCCGUAAUGGUCCCAGUCACCCUCUGUUACGCUUGCGCAAAGUUGUUCCGGUUGGUAUGGGUUGCCUCUUAUUUAAGUAGGUAGAAGAUUUGUAACAAAUGUCUGAUACAGUAUCUGAGCUCACUCUAAAGAUAUAGAUAUGUCCCAGGUUUUAAUAUUUUUCCAGUGUAGGAGAAACCCAAGUCAGAAGCAAGGUGUCCGGUGUAAUAUACUGUAAGAAAACAAAAUCAGUCACUUCUCUGACUGCCCUGCGACAACAUGACUUUGUGUCCUCUAUUUAAAAAUCUUAAUUUAUUGGUUUCCUGAAAAUGUUUAUCCAGUAAAUUUUGUUAUAAGCUAUAUAAAGCAUAGAGUUGAAAUGGAAAGUUCUACACUAAAGUUUUUAACUAUUGAAUAAUUAUAUAAUAUACGGUGUUCUGUGGACAUCUGAAAGAGAUCAGCUAUGAAAUAUUAAGUGAAAAGGGAUUCGGGCAAAGUGAAAUCCUGGCUUACGACUUAGUAAUAUACAUGAACCACGAUGCCAAAUGGAAAAUAUAGUUAUAAUUAUUUUUAGAAUACAAAAUAAUAUUAGAUGGCCUGUGGCCCUGUUACUUAUAUUUCUAGAUUUGAUGCCUAAAUCAAUGUUUUUCCUCAGUGAAGAAUGAAUCUUAUGAGUAUCUCUGGAUCUGAUAAAUUGAAAAAGAGUGAUAAAGUAGCUUUAAUCUCAGUUUCAUUUUAAGCCAUUUGCAACAACAACAACAACAACAACAAAAUCUUCUUUAUUAAAUUAAGCUUUAACUUUCAUACGAUGAGAUUAUUAGCUGAGAUGCCAGCUAACUGGAAGCUUAUUUCAAAGUCGGCACUUACUAACUAAAAUGUCAAAUAAUUCAUCCAUUAUACCGUAGUACACUUUCUUUGCAGUGAAACUGUAAAGGAGAAUAGCAUUUUCCGCUUUUUUCCUGAGAGGAAUGAGAAACUAAGUUCAUAGCAACAUGAAUAGUGUUGGUAUGUCACACAUUUAACUAUUGUUAUGUGAAGUUGCCAAAGCAGUUUGAGUUCAAAAUACCCAUUUAUACCACAAUUACACGUGGGAUACUUACUGGUCAUCCGUCGUACUGUUCUGAUUACAAAUACAGCCGAGAAUACAAGGUUAGAAUCUUCCUCUGCAUUGACGUAAGCUGAUCUGCUCUUGUGUAUUAACUAGUUGCACUGGAAAAAAAAAAAAAAAAAAAAAGCUAACUCAGAUAAUUGGUUGUCAGUUAAUCAGUGGCUUUUUGGCUUCUGGAAAGCCGGCAGAAUGGGAACCAAAAGCUGCUUGGGAGAGAGAAGGCUGAAGCCUUCCUGCGCCGUAAAUCAUUCACUCAGAUGUUUCUACUUGUUGUGGUAUAAAUGGCCUUCACAAUAUUUUUAUACGGCCAGAAAAAAUGAAAACUGCUAAAUAUUUUACUUUGGGUUAUGAAGAUCUGUAUCAUCGUUCAGGCUUUCUAAAGAAGUUUUUGUAUGUUUCACGCUGUACAAAACAUGAAUGUAUCUUUCGGACGAAAUGAACUAGAUGUGAUUGGUGUCACGACUGUUGGAUUUUAUGAAUAGUUAUUUUCAUACCAUUUGAUCAGGAAAAAUACUGGGUGGGUGGAGAAAGAGUAUGUUUGUAACACUUCCAUGAUACGGAUCCAGUUUAAAAAAGAAAUAAUGAAGUUUUCAUUUGUAAAUAAGAGCAAUAUUAUGAGAGUUUUGUGCCAAUGUAUAACAUCGAGACUUUUUCCUUUUGAGUUCAAAGCUACCACUACCAUCUCUUGUUUAAAGUGGAUUUGAAAGUUUUUCUGUCAGCAGAAAAAAUAUGAGCUUCUUGAGAAGGCUUUGUGUGUUUUGGGGGGCAUUUUUUACUUUUGCUAAAUAUGAAAUAAGAUGCAGGUCAAUCACCUACACAUUGUCAGCCAAUCCAUUCUGAGAAAUGCUGCAUUAGAUAUACCAGAGAGCUGAAAACUUAAUUUAUCCUGAAUUUGAAAGCAUUUGGUGAUUUAAACAGUGUGCGUGUCUUAAGCAGUAAGCCACUGCUUUUAUAAGUUUUAUUUUUAGAUAUUCUCUCCUGGUUCUGAAAAGCAGUUUCAUUUUAUUGCACCACGUUUAAUGCUAACUGAAGUUCCUGCUGCGUUUCUCUGUUAAAUCUUGGAAGCUUACAUCCCAUCUAGGUAAAACAACAGCGCUUCGUCUAGAACAGCUGAUUACGGCCUGGUGCGCCACCCGAGAGAGAAGGGGUGAGAAAGCAGUUGGGAGAUGAAGGUACGUGAGGAGUUUGUUAUGGAACCUGGCAACUUUCCCCGAGAGCUUCUGAAAAGCUUUGUGGUACCCAUGGGAUCAGCACACGGUGCUACUGCUGCAGCUGCGCUGCCCAGGGAGACGGGAAGGGGAGAAGGUCCUGCAUAGUGAUGCCAGACCUCCAGGCGUGCCAUGGAGCUGAACUACGUGAUAUUUUUAUGCUUGUGUAGGUGUGUAGGCGAUGGUUGAUGGCUCAGGGAGUUAGUAGGAGCGUGGAAAAAACUCUACAGAUGCACCAUCCACCAAUCUCCAUGCAAAAGCAGGUUGUCCAAUGCUUACGGUGUAGUUGUGACUGUAGAGCUGUUACUGCAGGCAAUCUGAAGGGCCCUCAGCCCUGAGGAUAAAGGGAGGAAUUGGAAUAUUGUCCAAAUUCUGCUUCUUUGGAUUUUCACAAAAUACAGGAAUGGUGCCUUCUCAUGGCAUUCGCAGUCUUUUUGUACCGUGCAGGUCCCCAGCUGGCUAGGUGCAUUUGCUAACUUAAGAACCAGCCUUUUGUCUUGAGACUGGAAAAGCUGUUUUCUGUUGCUACUUUCAGUGCUGGGCUCAAAUAUGAAAAUCUGAUUAAAAAAAAAAGUGUUGAUUAAAUGUAGAUCUUGCAUGAAAUUGCGCAGAUUAUAAUUAGUGGUGAUUGGGAAGCUGUUACAAGGAGAAGAGUUGGUUUGUUUUAAGGUAAUGUUUGUCUAAUCUCAUUUCUCUCUCUGUCUCUGCUGCAUUUCACCUUUCUGCUAGCUGCUACCACAAGUGUGCGUCUUAAGUUUGGUGGGCUUCUCCAGCUACAAACUGAAGCGGUGCAUAACCUGCAAGCUCCAGCUGCUCAGUUGGGCAUUGUUUGCUCAUUGAGAGCUCAUUUGGUAAAAACUUCUGGGGAAAAAAAAAAAAACGCACCCUUUUCAAUAAAAAGUACAUCCUCUUUGUUUUCUCCAAACCAUCUAGCCUAAAAGAUGUUCUAAAAUAUCCAUCAAUCCCAAAUUCUAUAAGAUGAGGUUUGGUUUCAUGGACUGGCUGACAGUUUGCUGGUGGUGGUAUUUCAUGUUUAGCAAGCUCACGUGUUUUAAAGGAUGAUUUUUCUCAAAGUGUUUUGAUGUUUGAAUAGUAGCACUUUAUCUCAUGCUUACUACUGACUGAACUAUUGGACAAAAAUAAAUUGGGUUUGGAGAGA